UGCAUUAUCAUCUGUUAAAGCUAGCUAGGGAGAAAGAUUGAGAGAUUAUCACCAAUGGCCCACGCAGGUGAGGAAAAGGCAGUGGUUGUGGAGAGCAGAGAAUGGUACAUGGCGGCCUAUGCACCGGACGGCAUUCCGACGUCCAAGCAUCUCAAACUCCGCACCGUUCCGGUGUCACUCACCGCCGAUUCGAUCCCCGAGGGACACGUCAUCAUUGAGACCCUUUUGGUGUCCAUUGAUCCCUAUCUCCGGUCCAGAAUGACCGGAGUCGAUGAGGGUCUCUACUUUCCUCAGUUCAACAUAAAUGAGGUGUUAUCAGCGACUGCGAUUGCAAGGGUAAUACGGUCAAGGGACAGCAAUUAUUCGGAGGGUGACAUAGUAAUUAUCUUUUUUUGUCCUGUAUCUGAAUAUUGUGUGGUGCCAUCCCAGGCUAUCAGUAGAAAAAUUGAUCCCAACGCUGGGGUUUCAUUCCCAGAUUAUCUCAGUUUGAUCGGGCUUCCUGGGUUUGCUGCUUGGGUGGGAAUAGAUGCAGUAGGAGAGGCAAAGCCGGGGUCCAAUGUGUUCAUUUCGGCCGCGGCCGGUGCUGUCGGAAUGUAUGCCGGCCAAUUGGCUAAGCUCAAAGGUUGCAGGGUCAUCGGCAGCGCCGGAUCAGAUGAAAAGGUAAAGCUCGUAAAGGAGUUCGGCUAUGAUGAUGCAUUCAACUACAAGAAAGAAACGGAUUUUGAUGCUGCUUUAGCCAGGUACUUCCCAAAUGGAAUCGACUUGUAUCUUGACAAUGUUGGCGGUAAGAUGUUUGAGGCUGUCCUUAACCAUGUCAACAAGUAUGCCACGAUCCCUGUUUGUGGCAUGAUAUCUGAUUACAAUAAGGUUUGGACAAAUCGAGAGGGGGUCAGGAAUCUGCUGAAUAUGGUGGGCAAGGAGGUGAAGAUACAAGGUUACUUGGUGGGAACGUAUAUGGAUCGUUAUGAGGAUUUUAUCAAGGAAAUGGUGAGCUAUAAAAAACAAGGGAAGAUUAGUUCCAAGUACAAAUUCUACCAAGGAAUCGAACAGUUCUUGGAAAGUCUUGAAUCGCUUUUCACCGGCUCCUGUGCUGGAAAAGUCUUGAUUCAAGUGAAGUAACAUAGAUGGAUCAAGACGUCACACACUCUAUCACUCAUUAAUCAAUAUUAUAUAUUUAUAUGAUGUUUGGUUUAUCAAAACUUUGUACUGUUAAAUAG